GAUGAAAGCUACCGGCAAGAUUACCACACAUACUCAAACAUCAUAGAGAACCUUUCUCUUAUAUAAAAGGGCAAUGGCCCUGUCCUCACUCCUCAGCGCACGGCCUCAAGAGGAAGCUUUCAGCAGCUCGGGCGACUCUGAACUGGGAACGCCAUGGGCAUGGGGUUGCUUCCUCUUCUUGCUGCCUGCUGCUCCCUCCUGCUCACGGUUGCAGCUUCUGCCCGGGACACCACCAGCGUCUGCGCUUCGCAAAUCAGCGAUUUCCCGCACCGGAACAGCUCGGGCCUCCACCUGACGCUGCACCACCCGCAGAGCCCCUGCUCGCCGGCGCCGCUCCCGUCCGACCUCCCCUUCUCCACAGUACUCACCCACGACGAUGCGCGCGCCGCUCACCUCGCCUCGCGUCUCGCCACCACCAGUAACGCGCCGUCCCGCCGCCCGACGACGUCGCUCCGCAAGCCGAAGGCCGCCGCCGGUGCUUCCGGCGGCCCGCUCGACGACUCCCUGGCCUCCGUGCCACUCACGCCUGGAACGUCCGUGGGCGUGGGGAACUACGUCACCGAGCUCGGCCUCGGCACGCCGGCCACCUCCUACGCCAUGGUCGUCGACACGGGCUCGUCGCUCACCUGGCUGCAGUGCUCGCCCUGCGUCGUUUCUUGCCACCGCCAGGUGGGCCCACUCUACGACCCCAGGGCGUCCAGCACCUACGCCACCGUACCCUGCUCGGCGUCGCAGUGCGACGAGCUCCAGGCCGCCACGCUCAACCCGUCCGCCUGCUCCGUCAGAAACGUCUGCAUCUACCAGGCCAGCUACGGCGACAGCUCCUUCUCCGUCGGCUACCUCAGCAGGGACACCGUCUCCUUCGGCUCCGGCAGCUACCCGAACUUCUACUACGGCUGCGGCCAGGACAACGAGGGCCUCUUCGGCCGCUCCGCGGGACUCAUCGGCCUCGCGCGCAACAAGCUCUCGCUGCUCUACCAGCUCGCGCCCAGCCUCGGCUACUCCUUCUCCUACUGCCUCCCGACGCCGGCGUCGACGGGGUACCUCUCCAUCGGGCCCUACACCUCUGGGCACUACUCGUACACGCCCAUGGCCUCGAGCUCUCUCGACGCCUCGCUCUACUUCGUCACCCUGUCCGGGAUGUCGGUCGGCGGGAGCCCGCUCGCGGUCUCGCCGGCGGAGUACAGCAGCCUGCCCACGAUCAUAGACUCGGGCACGGUGAUCACGCGCCUGCCGACGGCCGUGUACACGGCGCUGAGCAAGGCGGUGGCGGCGGCCAUGGUAGGGGUGCAGAGCGCGCCGGCGUUCUCCAUCCUGGACACGUGCUUCCAGGGCCAGGCGUCGCAGCUGCGCGUGCCGGCCGUGGCCAUGGCGUUCGCCGGCGGCGCCACCCUCAAGCUGGCGACGCAGAACGUUCUCAUAGACGUGGACGACUCCACGACGUGCCUGGCGUUUGCGCCCACCGACAGCACGACCAUCAUCGGCAACACGCAGCAGCAGACGUUCAGCGUCGUGUAUGACGUCGCGCAAUCCAGGAUCGGUUUUGCGGCAGGCGGUUGCAGCUGAUUAUAUAUAGCUGACACGGGUGAACUCACGUGACCUCUACUAUGCACGGCGGGCAGCUCAAGCUUGGUAAUUGAAAAUGCAUACAAAAUACAUGUGUAUUCACUGAAGUUUAUGAAACGAUAAUGCUACAAGCUACUGUAUUGUUGAUUUUACGCAACUGGCAAAUUGUACAUCCUUUUACAGGUAAAAUUGGAGUGUGUAUAGGUUUUUACAGGUGUAAGGUCAAAAACAAAAAUGUAAUGCUUGGAUGAUUUGGUCUAUUAUUUCUAUUCUUGCCCUGCCUUUAUCAUUGUGAUAA